GAGUCCCGAACAGCAGUCAUACAGUCACCGCUCACCAGAAAAGAAAUUACUGCGAGACGGGGAGAUUCCAAGCAGUCCUCCCCAAGUCAACGAAGUCCAGCGAGCAAGCGCAAAAGGCAAGUAACCAGAAAAUCUCGUUCUUCUUCUCUCUAGGUUUUUCUGAGAAAGCUAAACCAAAAGCAAUGGAAGAAGAAGAUGGCGUUUCGAAGCUGGCGGCAGUGACGGCCUGCACAGCCAUGGCCUUACUCUACGUUGCGAUUCUCUACGCGCCCACUUUGAUCCUCCGUCUCCCACCCCCUCCCUCCGCCAAGACCUUCAUGAUCCGACGGUUCGUGUGCGCCGCUGUCUCCUCCAUUCUCUCACUUCUCGUCAGCGGUCUCAUCCUCUCCAUAAGAAGCAGCGAGGCAUCGAUUCUGUUCGGUGUUUACGGCAUCCGAGCGGACCAUAUUUGGCAAGCUGUGGUGUUUCCUCUUUCAUUGACUUCUCUGAUGUACGCCGGAUCUUUGGUGUUGAAGAUUCUGUUACUGGUGGACUCGAGGAGGGAAAACGCCAAUCGCGGCGGCGAAGGCAUUUCGUUGCAAAAUUUCCUUGCUUCGAUAGUUUCAGUUGCUUCAAAUGUUUUGGCUUGGCGUAGUUAUGUUGUGUGCUGUACUGAACAGGCACCACUCACUGAGGAGCUGGUUUUUCGAGCAUGUAUGAUACCUCUACUUCUCUGUGGAGGAUUUAAACCAUACACUGUCAUACGUCUCUGCCCGAUUUUCUUCAGCUUGGCACAUCUAAACCAUUUAAUGGAGUUCUACAGCAAGAAAAACUACAGCUGGAUCAAAACUUCCUUGGCUGUAGGUCUCCAGCUUGGCUACACUGUAAUCUUUGGGUCAUAUGCAUCUUUCCUCCUCAUUCGAACCGGACAUCUUCUUGCUCCAUUAGUUGCUCAUGCAUUUUGCAAUUUUAUGGGAUUGCCCGUGCUGUUUUCACGGAGGAAUGGGAUUGUAAGUGUUGCAUUUCUAGCAGGAAUGGUGGGCUUCCUCUGGCUUCUUUUUCCAAUGACACGCCCCGAUUUGUAUAAUGAUAGAUUAAAUAAUUGCAAAUGUUGGCAUGGAUAUUGUUCUUGGGACUAAUUACUGUGACAUUUUAGACAAUAGCUUUUUUUAAUAAAGAAAAUUUGAAGUUGAAAGGGUGGAAAAUAGCAAGAAAAAAA